CUCUCCCAAGAGGACACAAAGACGAUCCAUGCGAUGAUUCACAACGCCAAUAUCAAUUGGUGUAAAUUUGUGAUGACUCACAUGUUCAACGCCACCUCCGACAACCGGCCACUCCCCUAUGCUCUCCUUGUCAUGGCAGUCCUUGAUGAGUUCCACAUCAAGACGGACGUCGGGCCAAAAUGCAAAGGAACAAAGCAUUGGGAGAUUGACGAGUCUUCCUUCCACCCGGGAACCGAUGAAGCUACGUUCCCGCAGCCUCAUCCUCGCCGCCAACCGAGAGCCACUGCCUCGACCGCCGCCGCUUCAACCAACCCUUCUCUUGCCGAGCAAAUGGCGGCUUUGACCACCACCCUCUCUCGGAUAGACACCAAUGUCUCCAAAACGGCACACAACGUCAAUAUUCUGAGCCGUGAGCUUCACGGGUAUUUUGAAUUUGUCAACUACCCCUACGCUCAAAUGGUCCCUUAUGUUCCUCCGCCAAACCUAGGUGGUGAACCAAGUGGGACUAACGACGUUGGAAGAGAAGAAGCGGUGAACGUUGAAAAAGAAGAAGAAGAGGAAGCCGAAGAAGCUGAAGAAGAAGAAGAAGAAGAUGAUGAUGAUGAUGAUGGCGAUGGUGAUGAAGAUGAUGAAGAAGAAGAAGACAUUGACGAAGAACAACUUCUCAAUGAUCUUUCCCCGGAUUUCUAAGAGCUCUAGCUCUAUUUUUCUCCUCUUCCUUAUUUUAUCAUCUUUUAAUAUGCUUUCGUUAUGUACUACUCUAUUUCCCUUAAAUAAUUAAUAAAAAUCUUUAUGGUUUUUGUUAUUAAAUCUUUUUGUUAAUG